ACUCUGCUGAGGAUGGCUGAUUCCCAAAUACCAGGCGAGUACAGCGUGGACAUGUGGAACUCAGAUUACAGUGACAACAGAUCAGACUAUGAGCAAAACUACACAAAUGACUAUAUGUGCCCUGCGAUGGAUGACAGUGCCACACAUCGUUUCAGGGAGUUCCUUGUGCCUUUUGUCUACUUGCUGAUAUUCUUGCUGGGGGCCCUAGGAAACCUCCUGGUGAUAGUGAUCCUGUGCUGCUACCGACGCUCGCGCAGCUCCACUGAGCUCUUCCUCUUCCACCUGGCCUUAGCAAAUCUUUUGCUUGUGUUCACUUUCCCAUUUGGAGUGGUACAAAACUUAGCAGGUUGGGUCUUUGGGACUUUCCUCUGCAAAGUGCUCAGUGCCACCAACAGGAUAAACUUCUACAGCAGCAGCUUGCUGCUCGGCUGCGUCAGCGUGGAUCGCUAUCUGGCUGUUGUGUACGCACUGCAGACCUUCCAGAAGCAACGUGCGCUGUGCAUCCACCUGACGUGCCUGACAGUUUGGCUCCUCUCCCUGCUGCUGGCAGUGCCCAACCUGCUCUUCUCAGAUGUCUGGAAGCACAACAACCUCAGCAUCUGCCACUUCAUGGAAUUUGGGGAGCAUGGCAUCAAUGCAUGGCUGGCAACACGUUUCUUGUACCACAUUGUGGGCUUCUUCCUGCCCUCUGCGGUCAUGUGCUACUGCUACACAGCCAUUGUAAGGGCCUUGUGCCGGUCCCAGCGACGACAGCGGCAGAAAGCAGUCAAAGUGGCCAUUCUGGUCACCAGCAUCUUCCUGCUCUGCUGGACUCCUUACCAUGUGAUCAUCUUCCUGGACACGCUCAACAAACUGGGUGCCGGUAGCGAGGAUUGUUCAGCUGGGUUGAGCACUGCCAUUGUGGUGAGUGAGAUGGUUGCGUUUAGCCACUGUUGCCUCAACCCCAUUCUCUAUGCUUUUGUGGGCAUCAGAUUCCGACAUGACGCUUGCCGAGUUCUGAACCGUCUGGGCUGCCUGAGCCAGACCACCAUGCAAGAGGUGCUGGGUACAUGCAGCACAGAGAGCAACAUUUCCGUCACUCGCCAGCCUUCCUCCCCACACCCCACAAAUCCCUUCGGCACGUUACCAGACUCUCGUGCUUGCUUCUCUUCUCCCCAAGCCCUGACUGAGCAAAUGGCUCAGAGGACCAGCGUGGGACUCAGCUUAGGCAAAGUCACAGGCUAGCCCAGCAAGAAUCUAUAGGCUAAAGGCUGGAGUAGCAGAUCCUCAUUUGAUAAGCCAGGCAACAUCUUCUUGGAAGCCUAUGAGUGAGGAACUGCCACAUCCUCCAGUUUUCUGGGGAAAGAUUCCUUCAGCAUUGGCUCAUUGUGCUGUGCUUAUAGAUAUAGAUCCUGCUUUUGCUUCUGACUACUGAGGCUCAGAUUUCACAGAAUCAUAGAAGAGGAGAGUUGGAAGGGACUAUAAGGCUGUCAAGUCCUACCCCCGGCUCCAUGCAGGAACACAAAUCAAAGCAUCCCUGACAGGUGGCUGUCCAGCUGCCUCUUGAAGGCCUCCAGGGUUGGAGAGCCCAUCACCUCCCUAGGUCAUGGGUUCCAUUGUCGUACCGCUCUAACA